AUGGAGGCAGUAGCCUGUUGGGUCGUGACCUGGAGACAACAGGCCGUUGAGACACCAGUCCAUAGGGAUAACCUUGCCACCCAAACCCCAAAAGAAGGUUGUCUCAAGACAAGCGAGCCCGGAUACAACCUUGUUUUGGGGUUCGGGUGGCAAGGUUAUCCUUAUGGACUGACGAUUUCUAAACGGCCCGUUGUCUACGAACAAUCUACUAACCUGAAUCAAAGCCUGCUCCCCCGUCCUUUCGAAGUAAAUAAGCCGCCAUCAUCCCUGGACCCUACCGUUCGGCUUCAGAACCUUUCCCUUCCAUCCCAUAUCCUACAUAGCUUUUUUAUAGUGCCUAAUUCGGGAUCCUCUGCUAAACUCCCCAAAUACGAAAAACAAUAG